GAUCAGAUUUCUCUAUAACCUUGUGCCCUCUGGGUAUAGUAAUUGCAAUUCUCAGUUAGGACUGAGGAAAGACACUCUUCGGAAUCUUGUAGAAUCUCCCUAUCCUAACCAAUUCAAUUGCUGGUUUUCAAUGAAUGAUCUAGAUUCCAGUACAUCCAACAAGUACAACUCCUUAAGAAAUUAUCAUCUUAAAUAAGACAAGAGUUUGAGGGACUUGUGAUACUUACUCUUAAGGCUGGACUGAUGUAACUAGGCCCAAACCCUGCCAAGUAGCUUCAAGCCAGCAGAUUUCCAUGGUGUGGACAACUUAACCAUCCAUGUCCAACCUGAUCAUGAUUAGCCUUACCUACACUACAAUACUAGCUACAAUGAUUUCUUAUCCAAGGCCUCACAGCUUUGGGCCUCUUGUUAGGUUAACCCAUCAUCCCCCUGAAGGGUGAAGCCUGGAGCAACCCUUCUUCUGAGGAGGAUGUGUGCCUGCUUCUCAUUGGUGCCAAGUCCCUACCUUUCCCUCUGGUCUUCAGGUAACACAAGGUUGCAUCACAAUGGAGGCUCAAGUUUCAAGAUGUCCAAUCUCAGUUUCACCCCUCAUCGAAGGACCUUGUCUGGGCAGGAAAAAAUGAUCUAGCAUCCUGGGCUGCAGUCAAUGCAGACCCUGGUCUGGGUGGAGAAGGACAGCGAUGUAUAGACUUUGUGAUGACAGGAUGUCCUGAGAAUGACAGACGAGCGAGUGAAAGACACGAUGGAGGAGUUUCUUCUCUCCCAUGGUUACCAGAUGGGCAAAACCAUUGGAGAAGGAACAUAUUCAAAGGUCAAAGAAGCCUUUUCAAAAAAACACCAACGAAAAGUGGCUGUGAAAAUUAUAGACAAACUGGGAGGACCAGAAGAGUUUAUCGAGAGAUUCCUGCCUCGAGAACUCCAGAUUGUCAAGCGCCUAGACCACAAGAACAUCAUCCGGGUGUAUGAAAUGCUGGAGUCCACAGAUGGAAAGAUCUAUCUAGUGAUGGAGCUGGCAGAGAAUGGCGAUGUCUUCGACUGCGUCCUGCAAGGAGGACCCCUGCCGGAGAGCCGGGCCAAAGCGCUCUUCCGUCAGCUGGUAGAAGCCAUCCGUUAUUGCCAUAGCUGUGGGGUGGCGCAUCGUGACCUCAAGUGUGAAAAUGCCCUCCUGCAGGGGCUCAACCUGAAGCUGACAGACUUUGGAUUUGCCAAAUUGCUCCCCAAGAACCGCAAGGAGCUGAGCCAGACCUUCUGUGGCAGCACGGCCUACGCGGCCCCCGAGGUGCUGCAGGGGGUGCCCCAUGACAGCAGGAAAGGCGACGUGUGGAGCAUGGGCGUGGUCCUUUACGUCAUGCUUUGUGCCAACCUGCCCUUUGACGACACGGACAUUCCCAAGAUGCUUUGCCAUCAACAGAAAGGGGUGUCCAUCCCCGGCCACUUGGGGAUCUCCGAGGAAUGCCAGGACCUUCUCAAAAGCCUCCUGGAACCAGACAUGAUCCUGAGGCCUUCCAUCGAAGAAGUGAGUUGGCACCCAUGGUUAGCAAGUUCCUGA